GGAUUGGAACACCUGAAUCACAUGAUUGGGAGGGGAUUGGAACACCUGAAUCACAUGAUAUGGAGGAGAUUGGAACACCUGAAUCACAUGAUAUGGAGGGGAUUGGAACACCUGAAUCACAUGAUUGGGAGGGGAUUGGAACACCUGAAUCACAUGAUUGGGAGGGGAUUGGAACAGCAGAAUCACAUGAUUGGGAGGGGAUUGGAACACCUGAAUCACAUGAUUGGGAGGGGAUUGGAACACCUGAAUCACAUGAUACGGAGGGAUUGGAACGCCUGAAUCACAUGAUAUGGAGGGGAUUGGAACACCUGAAUCACAUGAUAUGGAGGGGAUUGGAACAUCUGAAUCACAUGAUUGGGAGGGGAUUGGAACACCUGAAUCACAUGAUUGGGAGGGGAUGGGAACACCUGAAUCACAUGAUAUGGGGG